AUGCGGACAUUGUCUCUCUUCGUCGGCCUGUUGGCUCUGGCCGUGUCUGGCGUCUAUAGCACCGCCCUGACCUACAAACUCGGUGCCAGUGAGAAAGCCUGCUUCUUCACAAACGUCGAGCGACAAAAUGCCAAAGUUGCCUUUUACUUCGCGGUACAAUCUGGCGGAUCCUUCGAUGUCGAUUACUCCGUAGUUGGACCCAACGACAAGAAGAUCAUGGAGGGAGAAAAGGAGCGACAGGGAGAUUUUGUCUUCACGGCACAAAACACUGGAGAUUAUCGCUUCUGCUUCAGCAACGAGAUGUCGACGUUUGCGGACAAGAUGGUGGACUUUGAAGUGGCGGUCGAAGAUGAAAACAAAUCCGCCCUCCUCCCUCAAAAGGCCGGCUCGUCGCCCGAACAGCACUCGGCACUCGAAGAUGUGAUUUACAAGAUCAGCGGCCAGUUGAGCACGGUCAGCAGGAUGCAAAAGUACUUCAGGACCCGCGAGAACCGCAACUUCAGCACGGUGAGGAGUACGGAGCAGAGAAUCUUCAACUUUAGUUUGAUCGAGGUGUGCAUGAUGGUCGGCAUGGCAGGUCUUCAAGUCGUGGUCGUCAGAUUCUUCUUCCAGAGUAACCGAAAAGGUGUGUUCAGGCUCGCGCUCUUCUUCGACUUCCUUGAUGAUAGACACUGA